ACUGAGCUCUAAACAGGAGCUAGCUCCUUCUCACAUUACAUAAGCCUGCAGGACUACUGUUGGAUCUCUUCCAUUACCUUUCCUUACUAAGUGAUCAACAUGAGAGAUCUGCUUACUACUAGGAAUCAAAAUUGCUGGAAAGAGCUAAUUGAGAAGGAAACCAUCUCACGUAUGACGUGGAAACUAAAAUAUGACAAAGAGCACCCUCCGAAUGAAUUUGCCAUCGUUAGGAAGAGAAGAGAGAUGCCCAUUCCAAAUGCUGGGACACCACUUCCUCCUCUGGUCAAUGUUCCAAAACAUUCCUUAGUAACAAUGUCCCAGGAGAUGGACCAUGAGCAGGCUGACCUACAGGACUUGAGUGAGAUGAGACCAGUCACCCCUCAGACUCACCAUUUACUCUAUGAUGGCUUCUCUAAGGAGGGCAAAGGCAGGUCAAUGUACCUUAAAAGGAGAAAGGAGUUUGCUCCAGAGUUAAAAUAUCCGCAUCCAGUAUUAUCAUCUUGGGAUUACGGCUGGAGACUAGAUGAUGUUGUAAAGGAAUUUAGGAUUCCAAUCCAUGGGAGAUCCAAGAUGGUGAGAGACACGUUCUACAGCCGAAAUGGAAUUCUUCAAGAACCAUCUUACACUGACAGGAUGCUCUGAUAGUUUCUUCGUAUAAGUAGACAUGUAAUUUCUUUCUACUGCAGAGUUUGAUAAUUAUCCUUCCAUUAAAAGAAUCAACUGGAUGGGUGACUGGCUGAGCAUUGUGGGGGAGAGAUUCCAUAACUGUCAAACCUCCAAAUAUUAACACUACUCUAUACUGUGCUUUAAAAUAUAUCUUUGUUACUGACUUGAUGCCAGAACAGAAUGCUGAACUAAGGUAAACAAAGUUUAGCAGCGAAAAGGCCUUGUCUUAAAUCUUUUCUGUGUACAAAGCCUAUAAUUAAAUGACUUUGUAAAUACUAA